AUGUCUGACUCAAAAAACUGCAGUAGUGGAGACGAGAGAAGCAAUAGUAACGCCAACAGCAGCUCGCAAAGCUCAGACAGAGCGCGCAGCGACCGAAGCCCAUGCGAACAUCUCGGUCACCUAAGCUCGCACUGCCCGCACGGCCCAUUCGUUCCCCGGACCCCACACAGCCUGUUCGGCCCGGCCGGUGGCGGAAGCCAACAGAAACCAUGCGGAGCCCCCGGUGACGCAAACCCAAACAGCCCACAUAGAUCUCCUGGUCACCAAAGUCCACAAAGCCUGCUCAGUUCGCCUAGCUACCAAAGCCCGCAGAGCUCACGUGAAGCACCUGGUCAUCUAACUUCACACAGGCGACGCGAACCGCCUGCUCACCGAUACCCACACAGUUCGGACGGCCAAUUCAGUCACCAAAGUUCACAAAGACCAGCCGGCCUGCCUAGCCACCAAAGCCCACAGAGCCCAAGCGACGCACCCGGUCAUCUAACCCCACACAGCCCACGCGAACCGCCUUGUGUCCGAUAUCCACACAGUUCGCCUGGCCAAUUCAGCCACCAAAGUCCACAAAGGCUGCUCGGCCCGCCUAGCCACCAAAGCCCACAGAGCCCAAGCGACGCACCCGGUCAUCUAACCUCACACAGCCCACGCGAACCGCCUUGUGUCCGAUAUCCACACAGUUCGCCUGGCCAAUUCAGCCACCAAAGUCCAAAGGCUGCUCGGCCCGCCUAG